AGUGGGAGUGAGGGGUGGUAUAUGUCUUGUUAUGACCUGUCCCUGCAUGCAGGCAUUUUCUUUGACACCUAAAAGCUUCUCACGCUGCUGGUUUUGGUUAAAUUCCAGUAUUACUGGAAUUGGAUUGGCUUGAGGGUAAACUUUGAACCACUCUCCAGCCAAUCCAAUUCCUGCAUGGCUGUAACAAGGCUUAAACAGCAGCAGUAAAUGACAUGUGAGAGAGUGCUGGAAUUCCUGUUUACGAAGUUUCUGCUGCUGCCGACACUGGAGAUUUGCAGAGAUGCCUGUUGCUGAAUUCAUUGCAGGAUGGAUUUCAGGAGCACUCGGCCUGGUUGUUGGACACCCAGUAGACACAGUUAAGGUACGUCUGCAGACCCAAUCAAGGUACCAAGGAAUUCUGGACUGUGUCUUUCAAACAUACAGGAAUGAAAAGAUUUUUGGAUUUUUUAAAGGCAUGAGUUUUCCAGUAGGGAGUGUAGCAAUUAGUAACUCAUUAGCAUUUGGAUCUUAUAGUAAUGCUUUGCUGUACCUAAGUGACAAAGAGUUUAAAGACUGGAAGAACCCACCUCUUAAUUUCCAUAUUUUUAUGGCUGGAUGCUUUUCUGGAAUGGUACAACUUUCUUUUUCAGCUCCAAUUGACCUUGUUAAAGUGAGGCUUCAGAACCAGACUGAAUCAUUUGGGAGCGUAGCAAGGUCUGGCCAUUUACAAGCUCGAUACCAAGGUCCUGUUCACUGUGCUCUAUGUAUCAUUCGAGAGGAGGGCAUUUUUGGCCUCUACAGAGGAUCUCUAGCAUUGGCAUUAAGAGAUAUACCUACUAUGGGUCUUUAUUUCCUAACCUAUGAAGUUCUUUGCAAAUGGAUGACCAAAACUGUUGGCGAACCAAGUGCAUGGACAAUGCUCUUUGCUGGAGGCUGUGCAGGGACCGUUGGGUGGGCUUUUGCCAAUCCAAUGGAUGUUAUAAAGGCUCGUCUCCAGAUGGAUGGAAUGCAUGGGGUGCAGUAUCUAGGAAUGUUGGACUGUAUCAGGAAAAGUAUCAGACAGGAAGGUGUGAAAGUGUUCUUGAAAGGUCUUACUAUCAACAGCCUUCGAGCUUUUCCCGUUAAUGCAGUUACUUUUCUAAGCUACGAGAUGCUUCUAAAGGUCUUCAGGUGAACUAUACCCAUACUUGGACAUAUACAGACUGAGAAAAACUUUUGGACCUUGAAAAACACUUUUCGACAUCUUAAGCUUUCUGAUGACAAAAACAGAAAAAAAAUGAACUAUCAAGAUACAACACAUUGUACAAAUACAUUUUGUAUGACAGAAUCAUUUGAUAUUUGGAUGUGAAGGGAUUGCUUUGAUCUUUUCAAAAUGAGUAUAAACGAUAUACUAUUCAAAUAAAAAGGCUUCAAUCAAAUUCA